AUGGCCUGCAAAGAUUCAAGAAAGUCAUUGAAGCCUGGCAAGCCUAGCCACCAGUCAAAUUCACCUACACUGAAACAGCUCACGACUUCCACUGUUCGUGAUGACCCUGCUCUAGGCUACAAGUUGCGCGUCCUCUUGUUCGACUUGCGAAACCUUGCGAAGGAUGUCAACUCAGCGAAACGUCUCAAUAGCACCACAGACGAGCACUACAUCAGCGAACCGUAUUUCGAACCUGAGCAAGCCAAAGUUGUUAAGUCUGCUAUCGUAGACGUCGAAUUCAACAACCACCUCGAUCCCAAUGCAGAGCAUGAGAAACUAGUUACAGACGAGCCACGGCCCAACGACGAAGAAGUGAGCGGACCUGCAGUCUCUCGCGUACGAGGUCAAACAGUAGACACAGCUAUUCGGAUGAUCAUGGACAACUUCCUCGAAAAGCGGAAGGGCAGCAUGGAUGACUCGAGCAUUCCGGACCCCGCAGAAGGCGACUUCACCAAAUUCAACGCGGCCAUCAUCGUCCUCGUAGGUCUUCUCGAGAAGGCUGGCCCCGGAGCGUUGGACACGGCCGUGGAGUCGGCCAAAAGGAAGAUCCUCGACUACAUGAGAAGAUUCAGAAUCACAAACGGCUUCAGAUUCCUCGUCUUCGCUAAUGAGUUGUUGAGGUGGCAGCCAGAGGAGGACGUCCAGAGCAAGGACAUUUACGACAUCCUCUGCAUGUUCUACUUCAUUCUCGACCAGGAGCCGCUCCUUGGACUGCAAAGGCGAAUCACACCGGAGUCGGUCUGCCUACCUCAGAGUCCGCUCUCCAGUUGGAUAGUGAUGUUCUCGCAGCUCAUUGGGCAGUUCUUGGACACUCCCAUGUCCGUCACCCCUCAGACCCUGGAGUCCUUCAAAAACUCCCCAAAGCCUAUCUCCCACCCGGAUGACGAUAAGGUUAUUUGCUACCCUGCCGACUGCACGUAUGACAACAGCCUCCAGAAUCAGAGCCUUGUCGCCAUCAACAACAUGGGUGAGGUUCUGAUCAAGGGUAUUCCAUGGACCAUAGAUAGCUUGUUACAUGGCAGCAGAUAUGCGUGUGAGUUCAAUGGCGGUAUCUGGAUGCAUGCAUUCCUCAACACGUACAACUAUCACCGCCAGCAUGCGCCUGUAUCCGGUACUGUACUUGCGGCAAAGAACAUCCAGGGGGCGGCCUAUAUGGAGGUCAACGAGAAGUGCCAACCCAUCCGAAAGAUCCCGGUCUCUGAUGAAGAAAAGAGGCAAGACUCCAAGUGCGUGCUGGAGGUGCCCGACUCUCCGGGCUACCAGUUCCUCCAAACCAGGGGUUGCGUCAUCAUCGAUAACCCGGUGAUCGGGAAGGUGGCCGUGCUGCCGAUUGGCAUGGCCAUUGUAUCGGGUGUCAGGUUGACAGUAAGAGCGGGGGAUACAGUGAGGAAGGGCGACGAGAUCUCAACCUUCUUGUUCGGGGGGUCGGAUAUCAUCCUCGUGUUCCAGAAGAAGGCGGGCUUGCAGGUCAAAGACUUUGUGCCCUCGCCAAUGGAUGAAGCCGGCAACCAGACCCAUUCAAAGUAUGGGACCAUCCUUGCGAGGGCGCCUUAA